AAUGGCUUCCACCAGUAGGUCCGUCGUUUCGAGGGAUCGUCUCCGGGGUGAUGAGGUUGACACGGCCGACGAUGAAGAGAGGACCCCACUGUUGCCGCCUCGUCAGCCAACCCUCCUGACAAAGGACUUUGAAAGUUUGGAUUACGACAGAUGUUUUAACGAACCUUACGAGCAGCUUCUGAAGAGUCAGCUGCAGGAACACUCGGACAACAAGAUCGAGGCUGUAAAAUGGAUUAUUACGUUUCUAGUUGGACUUCUAACUGGAAUGGUUGCACUGUACAUAGACAGCAUUGUCAAACUGCUGUCUGGAUGGAAGUUCAACACAAUCGACGUGUCUAUAAUGAGGUGUUCUAAAGACGGGUGUCUGGUGGAGUCCUUGCUCUUCCUGCUUCUGUUCAACGUGGGCUUCGUCAUCAUCGCCGCCUGUCUGACAGUGUAUGAGCCCGUUGCAGGAGGGUCUGGUAUACCCGAGAUCAAGUGUUAUCUGAACGGCAUCAAGGUGCCGCGUGUUGCAAGGUUCGUCACUCUUCUCGCCAAGUCUAUUGGAGUUCUCUUCAGUGUAGCAGGAGGUUUGUUUGUUGGUAAGGAAGGGCCGAUGAUUCACAGUGGUGCUAUCAUAGGAGCUGGGGUUCCACAGUUUCAGAGUCUGGCGUUUCGAAAAAUCAACAUCAGAAAGUAUGCGUUCUUCAGGACGGACAGGGAUAAAAGAGACUUUGUAUCGGGAGGAGCGGCGGCAGGUGUGGCAGCUGCUUUCGGGGCCCCCAUUGGAGGCGUUCUGUUCAGUUUGGAGGAAGGAUGUUCUUUCUGGAACCAGAAACUGACGUGGAGGACGUUCUUCUGUUCAAUGGCGGCCACGUUCUCGCUCAACUUCUUUCUGUCAGGUAUUGACAGUAAAGACUGGGGCUACUUCUAUCUACCGGGACUCAUCAACUUUGGGGAGUUCAAAUGCCAAAGCGAACAGAGUGAAGGAUGCCAUCUGUGGAACGCCGUAGACCUGCUUAUUUUCAUCGUGAUGGGGUUUGUUGGAGGACUUCUUGGUGCGCUCUUUAACGUCUUCAACAAAGCACUGACUGUUCACAGAAUAAAAUACUGCCACACGAAGCAUAAACUAUUCAAAAUUCUUGAAGCUGCCUUGGUUGCCAUGGUAACAACAACGGUUGCAUUUACUGCCGCCAUGACACUUGGGGAGUGCAGCCCUUUAACUGUUGGGGACCAUCUGAAUGUAUCGCUAACAGAGAACGUGGAGUCUACAGUCAGGACCUACUUCUGCGAGGACGGCUACUACAACGACAUGGCGACGUUGUUCUUUAACUCACAAGAAGUUGCAAUCAAACAGCUUUUCCAUCAAGCAGGAAGGUUCAGCAUGCCAUCUCUUUGGAUCUUCUUUAUCUGUUUCUUCAUGUUGGCAUGUUGGACAUACGGCGUCACUGUUCCUAGCGGAUUGUUCGUUCCCUGUUUGCUGUGUGGGGCAUCGUAUGGAAGGAUUGUAGGAAACCUUCUCGAAAAUUAUAUAGGAUAUAAAACUAUCUACUCUGGUACGUUCGCUUUAAUCGGAGCUGCGUCGUUUCUUGGUGGCGUUGUACGAAUGACUAUAAGUCUCACCGUUAUCUUGAUAGAGUCAACCAAUGAGAUCAGCUAUGGAAUGCCUCUCAUGAUAACACUUAUGGUCGCCAAAUGGUCGGGGGAUCUGUUCAACGAAGGCUUGUACGACAUCCACAUCAAACUACGUGGGGUUCCUCUCCUGGAGUGGGAGGCACCCACAGAGUCAUACAGAUUAAAAGCUAAAGAUGUAAUGAGCACAAAGUUGUCCGUGAUUUUCACACACACUAGAGUAUCAACAUUAAUAAGAAUUCUCAAAACUACUGUCCACAACGCCUUUCCGGUGGUGACAAUGCCAAGUCCGUCUGACCGAGCACAUAUAGAGUCCAACAUUGAACAAGAUGCUGAUGGGAACGGCUUUCUAAUUCAGCCUGAAGACGGACCGCAAAACAAUAUGUACGAGAUGGUCGGCAAAGUCCUACCCAUGAAGUUUAAUGGCAUCAUCCUCCGCUCUCAGCUGGUCAUGCUGUUGAAGAAGGGAACUGGGUCGUCAUCAAGGGGAGAUAACCAGGAGACAACAUUCACCUAUGAAGAGCUGACUGAGGACUACCCAAGGUACCCGGAUGUGCAGGAUCUUGAUAUGUCAACAGUCAACCCAGAGGACAUUUUGGACGUGAGCCGCUACAUGAACUCCUGCCCCUACACCGUAUUCCACAACACAGCUGUACCUCAGGUAUUCAACCUGUUCAGAAGCAUGGGGCUGCGCCAUCUACCGGUUAUAAAUCACCAGGGGCAGCUGGUGGGGAUGAUAACUCGACACAACCUCACCCACCACUACCUUGAAGAGAAGCUGCAUCACCAUGGCAACAACCACUGAAAUGAUGGGUGGCAAAGGUCGAGGCACGAUUAUUUAUGAAGCGCCGUCAUAGAGCUGGAAUGUUGCUGUGUGCAGCGCCAAGAAACAAACAAUCACGAAGUUCUUUCAGUCUUACUACUGUUAAUUGAAACCUUAAAGUAUGGGGCACACUGUUUAAAACUGGAAAUUUAAAAGCAGCUGUUGAAAGGAAUAUUUACCUAUUAUUGACAAUUUAAAGACAAAAUAGUACCAGUGCAGGUGUUGGUUUCGUUUGACUAUGUUCGAACUCAUUACAGAGAAUAAGGUGAAAGCCGUCACGACGUCUUUAACUCUUGCACCAAGAACUCAAGCAGUACAGAAAAUAGAACAAAAAAGCUUGAUUAAACUUUACUUACAUCUUAACAAAUUGAAAUCCUUUUUACAGAUGAGCAUUAGUCGAACGCCAUCCACCUUUUUAUAUAUCAGGGAAACACUACUUAGUGUUAUGUAUAUGAUUUGAAAAAAACACAUUCCGCGUAUAAUAAUAGUAAAUGUUGGAGAUCUU